CUGGGGAGGGCCGCGCCGCCGGGAGCCCCGCACUCCGGAAGUGAAGCGGCCAGACCACUGGCUAAUGGAUGCGGAGCUGAGGGCCCGCUGACCGCUCUUGGCGCGCCGGGGCAGCUUGGCUUGGCUGGAGCUAAGAGACACCCGGACACACACCUGGGUGGAGUUGGGUGACAUCUGCCUGUGCUAGAAGCUGAAUAUAUAAGCUGCUGGACUGUCAUGGAACAUUCUGGAACGUGUAAACAGGAGUCCAAGCCACUCUGCUGGGAGAUUGCCCUCCAGGAGUUCCGGGUGCCAGAGUGGAGGUGUCUCCCCACCGUCUAAAGAGAGGUGAGGUGACAGAGACCCGGAGGGCGGUGAAAGCAGCUGUCCUACGUGCAUUUGGCGGGGAGCGGGGGUGGGCAGCACCACUACGAGGCUGCGGGAGAGAAACCGCAGCUUCGAGGCUGCAGAACCACAGACAGUGGUGCUGUCAGAACUGGGGUCAGGUCUGGACACCUAACACAAAGUGCCGAAUCCUUGCGGCCGGGCAGUGAGGGUGAUUGGUCCAGAAGAUUUUGAGACAGCUGCUAUUGGAGCGACCUGACCCAGGACCCAGUCACUGGUGUGUUACAACGUUUAGAAGCUCAUCCAGGAUAGUCUCAGUUCUAAGGCAGUGUCUUUCUGCCCCACAAACUAAUCGGUACCCGUAGAGUCAGAUCGAGUUAAUAUUUGGGACAAUGGCGCUGGCACUGUUGGAGGACUGGUGUAGGAUCGUGAGUGUGGAUGAUCAGAAGUCACUGAUGGUUAUGGGGAUACCAGUGGACUGUGAUGAGACCGAGAUUCAAAAGACUCUCCAGGAGGCUUUAAAGUCUCUGGGCAGGUAUCGACUGCUUGGCAAAAUAUUCAGGAAGCAGGAGAAUGCCAAUGCUGUGUUAUUAGAGCUUCUGGAGGACACUGAUGUCUCCGCGAUCCCCAGCGAGGUUCAGGGAAAGGGGGGUAUCUGGAAAGUGAUCUUUAAGACCCCUAACCAGGACAUUGAAUUUCUUCAAAGGCUGAACCUCUUUCUAGAAAAAGAGGGGCAGACAAUCUCGGGAAUGUUCCGAGCGCUUGGGCACGAGGGCGUGUCUCCAGCCACGGCACCCUGCGCGUCACCGGGGUUCCUGGCCCAUUUGUUGGGACAGGCACUCGCCCACGCCCCUCAGCCGCUGCUCCCAAUGAGAUACCGGAAGCUGAGAGUGUUCUCAGGGAGCGCCGCGCCCGCCCCCGAGGAAGAGCCCUUUGAAAUCUGGUUGGAACAGGCCACUGAGAUAGUCACAGAGUGGCCGGUAGCAGAGGCAGAAAAGAAACGAUGGUUGAUGGAAAGCCUUCGCGGCCCGGCCCUGGACCUCAUGCACAUAGUCCAGGCAGACAAUCCGUCCAUAAGUGCGGAAGCGUGUCUGGAGGCAUUUAAGCAAGUGUUCGGGAGCCUGGAGAGCCGCAGGACCUCACAGGUGAAAUACUUGAAGGCCUAUCAGGAGGAAGGAGAGAAGGUCUCCGCCUACGUGUUGCGGCUGGAAACCCUGCUGCGCAGGGCGGUGGAGAAGCGGGCCAUCCCGCGGAGCAUCGCCGACCAGGUCCGCUUGGAGCAGGUCAUGGCUGGGGCGAGCCUUAGCGAAAUCCUCUGGUGCAGGCUGAGGGCGCUGAAGGAUCAGGGCCCACCCCCCAGCUUCCUGGAGCUCAUGAAGGUCAUCCGCCAAGAGGAGGAGGAGGAGGCCUCUUUCGAAAACGAGAAUGUUGAGGAGCCGGAGGAUGGGGACGGCUAUGGACACUGGGAUCACGAAGCAGAUGACUAAAACCCAACUCCAAAGGGGACCCAUGGUCCCGGACGGGGGGACAUCACUUUACCAGGCUAAGACCUUGCGGUCUUUUUUUCUCUAACGUACACAGUUGAAAGCAAGGCAUUCCAGCCAGGUCUUGAUUCUUUUAAGAAAAAAAAAAAAAAAAAAGAAAAUGUCAGAGCGUUUCUUGGACCCUACAUAGAUUAUUAGUAAACAAAAGAUUGAAUUCCAAAUACGAGAGAAUAAACCUAAAGAAAUCUGGACCAGGUUUCCUCUAAAUACCCCCCAAUAGAGCCAAGUUACCCAUCCCACAGAAGAAAGAAAUAAAUGUGAGAAAAUUAUCACUUUGGCCAUCUAUUUAAAAACCCAAGCUCUUUGACUUGGCAAUUGUUGUCCUUUGUCAAAUCAGCAGGUUCUCUCCUAGGUCGGAGCAGCGUGAGACAGUGUUCAAAAGAGCUAAGGGUGAUAAACUUAUGCGCCUGGCCGGGCUCUGGGGGAACCGCAGAGGCUCUGGAAGGAGGCGGCGGCCUCCGCACGUGAAAGCGAAAUAGCCUUCCGCGUAAAAGAGUUCGCUGUGCCAAGAGAAGUGCUGAUGGCAGAUGAGUACUAACAUCUGCAUCGCAGGUUUCUCUCUUUCCUUACUUGGGAAGCACUUAUUGCUUCUCUGCUGGGUGUUGGAUAGCCGGUUCCAGGCGCUGUGUUAGGCCCCCGACGACACAGAGGUCCCGUGGGAGAGGCAUCCUCAGCAAAGGCAGACAUCACCGGAGGGCCCGCUGGAGAGUGGGGAUGCGCAGGGGAUCCGUGUUUGGAUUCAGUCUGGUUAGAGAGAAGGAUUUUUAGUGGCAACCAAGGGCAGGGGAGCAGGAAAGAGCUGGCCGUUACUGAGGGCCUGCUCUGUGCACGGUGUUUCAGGCCCAUCUCAUGUCAUGUGGACAUCCCCCGUGUGCAGUAAUGGGGCUCAUUUGGAAAGAGGAAGAAACAGGUUCAGGGUUACUGGUCUGCUCAACAUCAAAAUGCUAGCAGGUGGCAGAGGCCGGACAGAAGUCCAGUCCUCUCUGACUCUUGCUAAUCCUCUCUCCACCCUGAUAGCCAUUUUCAAAUUGUGCUUUGCAGUUCUGCAAGGAUUUUUUAGCAGUUCCAUCUUUAAAAUGUAUUUUAAACUCUUUAAAUCUCUAAUAAAUAACAGGUAGACACGGGAACGUUGAUAUCCAAAGUUUAACACAUUGGCAUUUACCGGCCGGCUGGCUUUUCUUUCCAGACUGACUCAUUUUGUGCAGACCUUGGAAGAAAGGUUCUCUUGUGAUAUCUGAGCACAUAUCCAAACUCUUUUUAAUUCUUCAUAGAUUAAGGAAGCCAUAGUACCUCACAGGUGUUUAAAUCAAGCCCGUGCAUUUCUUGUGACGUAAAGGAUGCUUCGAGCAUAAAUGAGCAUCGUUCCAUUGCAAGGCGCCAACACAAUUGAUGUCCAGCAUCGUGGUAGCUCUGAAUAUACAAUAAACAAGUGGCUUAACUCCUCUAAACUUUAGUUUUCUCCUCAAAAUGGGAGGAUGAUAGAAUAGGGUUGUUGGUAGGCUCCAAGGACAUAAAGCCUUGUAAGCACUUGGCAUGAUGCCUGGGACAUGGAAAAGCCUCAAUACAUUGAGGGGCUCUUUUUUUAUUAUUUUUCACGGUGCUUAUUGUCUGGUCAAUGCACACUCUCUUCGUUGUUCUAACAGUCCUGCAGUCACAAGUACAUAUGUAACCUAUCAUUCAAGUUGUGGCAUCGCAUUGGAACCUGUUUUAGCGCUUGUGGUGAGUUUCAGUGCUUUUUGUCUGUUAACUUUGUGAUAAAUUUUCCAGCAGUUGUUGACUAGUGUUAGUGAUUAUAAGAAAUUAUUCUUUCUGAUCGUGGAUAAUUUUAACUGAAGAAUAUCCUGAGAUUGUAAGAAAAGCUUUUAAAAAAAUGGUACGCUCUGUGAUCAUUUAUCUUUCUAAGUUAUACUUUUCAAUACUGUUAACCAAAGUGAUAACACCCUGAUUUCAUGUGUUUUUUGUAUCCAUGAACAUGGCCUCACUGUUCUCCAGUAUCCACAGUAAACAAAGUGAAGCGUUAUAA